UCAUGCUUUCUCGCUUCGUUCGAAGCGCUAUUCGCGCUCCUCGACCAUAUAGAAGGGCGUUUGCAACAGUUCACAACGUCGGGCCCCAGACAGAAAUCACGACUCUCUCGAACGGUCUUACUGUCGCGACUGAAUCCCAGCCUCAUGCCCAGACAGCAACCGUUGGGGUGUGGAUUGACGCCGGUUCCAGGGCGGAAACCGACAAGACGAACGGUACCGCUCACUUCCUUGAGCAUAUGGCUUUCAAGGGAACUGGUCGACGGACCCAACACUCGCUCGAAGUAGAGGUCGAAAACAUCGGCGCUCAUCUUAAUGCCUAUACCUCCCGCGAGCAGACCGUUUACUACGCCAAAAGUUUCAGCAAGGACGUUCCUGUGGCCAUGGACAUCAUCAGCGACAUUUUGCAAAACUCGAAGCUCGAGAACUCGGCCAUUGAGAGGGAGCGCGGUGUUAUUCUUAGGGAACAGGAAGAGGUUGACAAGCAGCUUGAAGAGGUUGUCUUUGACCACCUUCACUCUGUCGCCUUCCAAGGUCAGUCUCUCGGCCGCACAAUUCUCGGUCCCAAGAGCAACAUCCUUUCCAUCAAUCGCGAUGACCUCUCCUCCUACAUAAAGACCAACUACACCGCCGACCGCAUGGUCCUUGUUGGCACAGGAGGCAUUGAACAUGAAGCCCUUGUUAAGCUCGCCGAGAAGCACUUCACCACUCUUCCUGUGUCUUCGAACCCCAUACCCCUUGGCCGUCUCUCACACCCUAAGCCUACAUUUGUAGGCUCUGAAGUACGGGUUCGUGAUGAUGCCAUUCCCACUGCUAACAUUGCCAUCGCCGUUGAGGGCGUCGGCUGGAGCUCACCUGACUACUUCCCCAUGAUGGUCAUGCAGUCCAUCUUCGGCAACUGGGAUCGCAGCCUUGGCGCUUCUAACCUCCUUUCCUCUCGUCUCUCUCACAUUCUUUCCAGCAACAACCUUGCCAACUCUUUCCUUUCCUUCUCGACUUCUUAUUCGGAUACCGGCUUGUGGGGAAUCUACCUUGUAUCCGAGAACCUGAUGAACUUGGAUGACCUCCUGCACAACACGUUGAAGGAAUGGACGAGAAUGAGCAUUUCUCCUGAGGAGGUCGAAGUUGAACGCGCAAAGAGUCAGCUCAAGGCUGGCUUGUUGUUGAGUUUGGAUGGCACGACCGCAGUUGCUGAGGAUAUUGGCCGACAGCUUGUCACCAGUGGAAGAAGGAUGUCGCCUCAGCAAAUCGAGAACGCCGUCGAUGUCGUCUCUGUUGCUGAUAUUAAACGGGUCGCACAAAAGUAUCUAUGGGAUAAAGAUUUCGCUUUGGCUGCUCUGGGAAGUAUUGAGGGACUGUUCGAUUACAACCGCAUCCGUUCAGACAUGUCUUCCAUGAUCUAUUAGAAAAUAGCAUUGUUUAAUAAAUUC